AUGUCUGGAAGCGCAGGCUACGACAGACAUAUCACCAUCUUCUCCGACCAGGGUCGCCUCUACCAAGUCGAAUAUGCGUUCAAGGCGAUCACGGCGGCAAACAUCACAUCGGUGGGCGUGCGGGGCAAGAGCUGCGCAGUAGUCAUCUCGCAGAAGAAGGUCCCUGACAAGCUGAUCGAGCCCUCCUCCGUCUCCCACAUCUUCAAGCUGUCGCCGUCGGUUGGCUGCGUCAUGACCGGGUCGAUAGCUGAUGCAAGGGCCUCAGUGAGUCGGGCGCGCGGUGAGGCUGCUGAGUUCCGCUACAAGUUUGGAUACGAGAUGCCCUGCGAUGUUCUGGCCAAACGGAUAGCCAACAUCAGUCAGGUCUACACCCAGCGGGCUUACAUGCGACCGUUGGGCGUUGCUACCACGCUCAUCUCUCUGGACACAGAAUUCGGACCCCAGCUGUAUAAGUGCGACCCCGCAGGCUACUAUGUCGGCUACAAGGCCACGGCGUCUGGACCUAAGACACAAGAGGCACUCAACUUCUUGGAGAAGAAGCUGAAGAAUAAGGAGCAUGCAGAGGGCAGCUGGGAAGAGGUUGUCGAGCUAGCCAUUACAGCGUUGAGCACGGUGCUGUCGGUCGACUUCAAGAAGGGCGAGCUAGAGGUAGGCAUCGUGGGAGGUCCCAGGGCAGACGGCGAGGACGGCACAGACGCGCAGUUCAGGUCCCUGACUGAGGAGGAAAUCGACGAACGGCUGCAGUCAAUCGCCGACAAGGACUGA